UUAUCUUCAACUGUUGCAGUGGUCAUCAAACCAAUUCAAAUUUUGUACCAGAAAUUCGAGCACCGUACUCAUCAAUAUUAAUAUUUCCCUAUCUAGCGGAUAUCAAUGAACAGAAUUCGAAUCAGUUAGCUUUGAGUACUUACUACUAGUCCAUUACGAACAUCGACAUAAUAGUGAUUCCAAGAAUCCUAUCCCGGUUAUCCCUUGGUUAUUAGAAAUGCAGGUAGAAAGAUCCCUUCCGAAAUGUACGAGCUUUUAGCAAUGCGUUAUUCUGGUCCCUCGAACUAGGAUAUGUUCGGUUGUCACGUGUGAAAGAAGUUUCCUCAAAUGUUCAUCGGAGAAUGAUAAGUUAUUGUGAUAGUUGGAUUAAAAGUGAUACAUAAUACUGGAACGGAUUAACAAUGGCAUCACUAUGUUGUAUUCCCAGUCGAGCCCUGGUUGCCAUGAUGGUAUUCUGGGGUACUUUCGUCAAUUAUAUGUUCAGAUCUCACUACUCCAUAAGUGUCCUAGCUAUGAUGCAAGCGAGAAAAGUCAACGAAACCCUUGGUGAUUUUGGACCUCGCUACAAUUGGACAUACGAAUGGGAACAGCGUACAAUAAGCGCAAUGUUCUAUGGACUCUCCACCUUAUCACUGCCUUCUGGUAUGAUCUCAGAGAUGCUGGGUCCUUGGCAUGUACUCAUGUGGUCCUCUAUUAUUAUGGCUGGAUCAUCUUGUCUUAUUGUACCAGUUGCAUCUUUUGGCCCCUUUUGCGUCUUCGCUUUGAGGUUUGUGGUUGGCAUGAUGCUGGCUCUCCAAUACCCAGCCCUCCAAUGUUUGAUAGGACGAUGGGCCCCACCAAACGAAAAAGGAAGAUUCUCAGCCUGCUUGAUGGGCAACGCAUUUGGUUCUAUGUUGACAAUGCCGGUUACUAGUAUGAUCAUAGAAAAAUUCGGAUGGAAUUGGUCCUUCUACUCAUUGUCCUUUGUUGUGGCACUAUUUUGUGUUGGUCUGAUACUCUUCGUCGCCGAUUACCCACGUGACUAUAAGUGGAUCGAUGAAGAAGAGUUGCAGUAUAUUGAGAAGGCACAAGGAACACAAGUCAGCAGGGAAAAGGUCACACCACCAUACCUUGCGAUGUUCUCUUCGGUUCCUUUCAUAGCCCUCAUAAUUGCCCAAUUUGGCAACCUUUAUGGCUUGACGAUGUCCCUAACAGCAACUCCGCAGUUCUUGAAGAGAGUGCUGAAUUUCAACCUGAAAGGUUCUGCUUUCAUCGCAGCGUUACCACAGCUUUCUAGGUUGAUUUGUGGCUUCUUUUUCGGAUAUGUCAACGACGCUUUGUUGAGGCGAGGUGUACCGAAGAAAACCUGCAGGAAAGGAUUCACCCUUUUAUCUCACAUAGCCACUGGUAUGUGCCUUUGCGGUUUUCUCUUCAUAGGCCAGAGCUCUGAUAUGGCAAUUUUGCUCUUGGUUGCUAUGCUUGGUUUCAAUGGAGCUGCAGCUCAAACAACGUUGAUCAAUCCUCAAGAUCUGUCACCAAACUUUGCUGGAACCAUUCACGGUGUGAUGAACUUCUUCGGAGGAUGGGGUGGCUUUAUUGGACCGAUGAUUAUCGAAAAGCUAACAAGAGAUAACACCAUGGACCAAUGGGCCAUUGUCUUCACAAUUGGAGGACUCAUUUAUAUAAUCAGUGGUAUUGUGUUCAUGUUUUUCGGAUCCGCUGCUUUGCAGUCUUGGAAUGACAAAUCGAAAACAAGUUUACCACCUCCUGUGGCUGUUUAAAGAGAUUCAACUCAGGAAACAUCUCGACAUUUAUUAAUGACAGUAUAGAUUUUAAUUUGAAUGCCUAUACAGAAGAUAUAUUAUUACCGAAUGUUAAGAAUGUAUAUAUGUAUUUUUAAUAAAUUAAAAUACAAAAAUA